CGCUUUGCUAUAUCGAGCCUGCAGAAGACCGGGUGCCUGUGCCACGUGCCCCUGUCAGCGUAGGAAGGGAAGGGGGCUCAGACAGCCCGUCCCACCCACUCGCUCCCCACGGAGGAGCGGCGACCCGCUGGAGGAGGGAGCGAAGGCUUCUGGUUGGAACCUCGGUGCUGGGACGGUGGACUCGGUGCAGCUCUCUGGACGGUGGGGUCCAGGCUGAUGGCUGAUGAUGUCAGGGACUAACAACGUUGCCCAGGCCCGGAAGCUGGUGGAGCAGCUGCGCAUUGAAGCCGGGAUCGAGCGCAUCAAGGUCUCCAAAGCCUCGUCAGAACUGAUGAAUUACUGCGAGCAGCAUGCCAGGAGCGACCCCUUGCUGGUCGGUGUGCCAGCCUCUGAAAACCCGUUCAAAGACAAAAAGCCCUGCAUAAUUCUCUAGCACUCUCUCUCUCUCUUGCUCUCUCUCUCUGUGCCCUUCCUGCCCUCCCACAUAUUGUCCAGUUUUUACUGUGAGAAAAAUAUCUGAGUUUCUCACACUUUGAUUUCUGAAGAAACAGAAACCAACUAAGCAUAUCCUCCUGAAUAAGGUGGGCUUUGCUACCCCACCGUGGGCCUCUGCCCGCCCAGAUGUUAGCCGCCCCCACCCCUCCUGUCAAGCACCGCUGGGAACCUGAGUGAUGGGACUGUGUUAUAAAACUCCCCUUAGCUGGCGCUGGGGAUAUGGCUCAACGGGUGAGAUGCAUGUCUUACCAGCACGAGGACCUGAGUUCUGAUCCCACACACAAAGCCCAAGUGCAGGGGUCAUGCCUGCGCCCCAGCCCUGGGGGACAGAAGGAAGGAUCCCUAGGGCACUGAACUCCAGUGAGGGACCUUGCCUCAGAACUAGAGGAAUAUAGCCAGCAUCCACAAGGCACCCUGUGCUGCCCGGUGUCCCUCCUGAGUGUGGUCCUGUCAUAUCCGCGGUGAUGUCCUUUCUCUGGGGACCCAGCCCCUUUUAGGAACAGACUUCUAGGCCCCCACACAGAGCGAGCCAUUGCUGGUAUGACUGAGUGGGUGGUUUGUUUUCUCCUAAGCCUGAGACCCAUGUGGUCACUGGCAGCUCCUUCCCCAUUUUCCCGUUCCCAAGGCCGUGUGAGGGCAGAAUUCUUUUGAAGUGAUUGAGAAAGAGUCACAGAGAUGGGGUCCUGUAUCCCACAUGGGGGUGGUGACUGUGACUCCGGAUCCCCCUUCCCCCUCCUUGGAUCAAAUCACUUUCCAACUGGCUGGAACAGGAGACCCUCAGUGUGAGGACUGCCGACCAGCUCUGCAUUCCACCCUCACCGAAAGAUCCUAGGCGGGACUCCACCCUGACCACGCCCCCAGUCCCUCACUGGGGAAUUCUAGGCGGGGCUCUACCCUGACCACGCCCCUAGCGAAUCACUGGGGAUUCUAGGCGGGGCUCCGUCUUGACUAAGCCCCAGACCACGCUCCCAGCCCCCUCACUAGGGGAUUUUAGGCAAGAUCUCCACUUUUUAUUUUGUGAGAAUAGUCUGUCAUCCAGGCCGGCCCGGAACUGGAGAUCUUCCUGCCUCUGCCUCCAGAGUACAUGUAUGACUGGCCUCUGCUCCUUGCCUGGCAUAGAGUUGGAUUCAUAGAGACCCGGCCUAUGUAGGUAGCAGUGACAGCGGCAGGUUGCAGGAGGAAAGGCUUGGCCGUGCCAACCCUUGCAGGCAUCGUCAGCAUCAGGAUGGCCAGGGAUUCAGGAGUGUCCCGCGGUCUCAGGCCCUCGUGGGAAGACCAGUGCAGGCGCAGACAGCAGAAAUGAAGCCAGUCCAGUUCUGUCCUGUGGCCCUGGUGAAAAUCAGCUUCUAAGAACCUGAACCAGGCUGGUCCCUGGACAGUUGCCCUAGUUGCCCCGGGGAAAAUAAAUGAGUCUUACUCAACCCACCUCACCUUCCAGCCCCUCUGGGCACAACCUACCUCCAGGUAAGGUGGCACAGCACCCAACUCAUUCUGGUGGGGUGAGGGAAAGGGGAGACAUUGCGGGUGCUAAAAGGGGACCUCGUCCCCCCUCCCUGGGCUGGCUCCCAGAGGACACAGACUGAAGGUCAGUCCCCUCCUUUGCAUCGACUCCUCAUUACUGGUCAAGGAAGAUAGGAGCUUUGGGAAGACCCUGACUCCCUAAACCCGUGUUGGGAUCAGAAAAGCCACUGUGUCUCCCCAAAACUAUAGCCACCUUACAUUAGGGUGUGAACCAGAGCCCCGGGGUGUAUGUACCCAGCCUCGCUGGCAAGGAGAGAGAAAAGCGGGAACACUCUCCUGGUGUGCCAGAACCUCGCUCGGGCUUCCGUCCCCCGCUUGCUGAAGCCAGGCAUGGGCACGCUGCAGAGGCAGAGGCAGGAGGAGCCGCUCACUCAUUCUUUGCUAUAUAAUGAACUCGAGGCUAGCCUGGGCUACAUGAGACCAUGUCUCAAAGAGGGGAAAUUCAACUCACUCUUCCACUAUCCCCGCACCCCAGCCUCCCUCGGGCGAGGCUGCUAGCAGCAGAUGCCAUGGCCAGUCCAUGUGUGGUCACAGCGAGUUUUCCUUCCUCCACUCUGGGAAGAGAAGCUCAAAUUACCAUCUAUUCCCGAAUAAACCUCCCACUGCAGGCCAAGGGCAAAGUGACCUCUUGCUUCCUGGGGGGGAAAGGUGGACCUUGGGCCCCACAAUAGUCUCCAUGUCCCGUCUUAACCACCAGAGCCCUGCCUCAGCUUGGAGAAGCCUGGACACAAGGGACCAUCAGGAGCUGGGCUGUGGUGGUGCAGGCCUUUACCCUAGCACUCAGGAGGCAGAGGCAGGGGGAUCUCUGUGAGUUCAAGGCCAGCCUGGUCUACAGAGCAAGUCCCAGGUCACCCAGGGCUAUAGACAUGGUCUAGAAAAAGGUAAUGACACAAACAGUGAGAUCUGCUUUAGCUUGAGCGACCGAGGAGGGACUUCCAACCCAAGCAGAAGCCGCCAAACUGUCCCUUGUCCUGAACAGAAGCCAUACGCACCCUCUCUGAGUGUCUGGGACACAACGGCCAGACAGGAGAUCACACAGCAUUUCCCAUUUCCUGCGCCCCACUCCAGACCCAGCUCCCACCCCACUUUCCACCUGCAUUGUGACAUUGGUUGGUUUUCAUUUCUGAUUUUAAGAAACUCUGUUGUGCCACAGCCACUGUCCGUGUGGCACGCGGGCCACGGCAGUGUGAUUGCUGCAGAAUAAAAGCCCCGUCUUCUCUA